AAGAUAAUGACCAAGGAGACCACCCCUCCUCCCCCCGCCGAAACUACCACCACCACCAACAACACAACGACCGCCGCGGCCCACGAACCUCCCUCCGCGCCCUCCUCUCCCCUCGCCAAACGCACAAAGCCCAACACCACCACCGCAGAACAACAACCCCAGCAAACAUCCAUCAACAUGGGCUCCAUCGCUAACCCUCUCCCCGCCCUCCUCGUCCAGAAGCUCACCCCCUCGGGUCGCGCCCCGACUCGCGGCUCCGCCUUCGCCGCUGGCUACGACCUCUACAGCGCCAAGGACACCGUCAUCCCCUCCAAGGGCAAGGCCCUCGUAGACACGGGAAUCGCCAUCGCCGUGCCCGAGGGAACCUACGGCCGCAUCGCGCCCCGCAGUGGUCUCGCCUCGAAGCACUUCAUCGACACCGGCGCGGGCGUCAUCGAUGCCGACUACCGCGGCGAGGUCAAGGUGUUGUUGUUCAACUUCUCCGAUGUGGACUUCGAGAUCAAGAAGGGGGAUCGUGUAGCGCAGUUGGUUUUGGAGCGGAUCUAUACGCCUGAAGUGACUGUCGUGGAGAAGUUGGAGGAGAGUGUUCGUGGAGCUGGUGGUUUCGGCAGCACUGGUACCAACUGAUAAAUAUUGUUAAUAUGAAUUGAUAUGAUGAUGAUGAUUCUGGAAGAUCAAGAAGAUCUUUCUAUAUAUGCCUGGAAAACUUGGGGCAGAAGCAGAGAAGCAAACCGCUUGGAGGGGUUUUUGCAUUAAAAGAUUAGACCGUGUCGAUUGCGUAUACCU